GUAGACUUAUGCCGCGGGGUGAGAGGGUGGACUUGGGCGGAUGUGAAACCUGGGGAAUUUGGUUGGACUUUCUUGCUGAGUAAUGACGUGACAUGACUGAGUAUAAAGAAGAGUGUGGCUGGGUGAGGUGAGGCAGUAUCUGAAAGCAACGAGGAGCAAGGAAAGAAAGCCGUUUUGUCCUUCGCGUCGCAGCCUGAGGACCAUGAGAGGCAGCGUGUUGACCGGCUUGUGUGUGGCGGCGGUGGUGCUCUGUGUGUACCUCCCCCAGCCGUGUGAGGCCCAGUGGCAGGCCCUGGUGGGACCGCUCAUUGAAAAAGUCUCUGGUCUAUGGCACAACGACACCGUGGACUUCAUGGGCCGAGAAUGCAAAUUCCGCAGGAGCCCGAAAAUCAAGCGCUGGGAAUUGUACCACGAGGGCAAAUUUUGGUGUCCUGGCUGGGCACCCUUCUCCGGCAAUUCUAGCAAGAGGAGCAGAUCAGGGUCGCUGGAGGAAGCCACUCGGGACUUCGUGCGUCAGGCCUUCGAAAAGGGACUCAUCACCGAGGCGGACGCAAAACUCUGGCUCAAGAUCUAAGGAAGCGGGAAGAGAAAACUGGGUGCAGGAAGAGGAAACUGGGUGCAGGAGCAGGAAGCAGACGAGGAAGUAGGCUUAGUGGUGAAAAUAAAAUAACGCGGUAGUAAGGAGGAAAUUGAGAGAGGAGUAAGAGGAGACAGGAAGGAAAACAUGAGGUUGGUGAUAAGCCAGUCAUAUAAAAACUUGACUUUCCAGAGAGAACAGCAGCCCAUGACAAGGAAAUUUAUAAAGUAAUAGAGAAGUAAAGGUAGACGAGAAUGAUACGAAUAAUAAAGUGUUGAACAAAGCUACACGGGAUGAAUUUGUUACACUCCGCCAUCCCGUCACGGAUAAAUCCUUAAGCAGUGGACACCUUCAUCCCUCUUACCAAACCAACCACCAAGAGAGGAAAGAAUCAGGCAGCGGCAAGCACUGAACUGGUCUUCCAAUACAUAGAAAUUCACUCUCAGGUUUUAAAUGUCGACACUUGGGAGGCAGAUAUUUUCCUCUUUAUUUCCAGUUCUGCAAACAAAAGAUGCGACGAAAGACGGGAACAGUAGAUAUAGGCAAUUAAGUGAAUAAAGUAACAAUAGCGUCAAUAUAACAUGGAUAGAACGGUGUAGAAGAAAGAUGCGGGACCAGUGAGUUAGAGAGAAUGAUAUCAGUGUAGAGGCAGAUCUAAAGAACACUGUAGGAUCAAAAGUUUAAGAAAGAUAGGGACAACACAGACGCAGUGGUGUGUGAAGAUACGAGGCCGCCAGAAAGAGAAAGAAAAAAAAAGUGCUAAAUUUCCUAAGCAGUGGAGGCUGGAAUGAGAAACGAAUGAGGGCAGAGUAGUUAGUAGUUGUAGUCUACUGUUAUACUAUUAUAUCUAUGCAGGAUUCAUGAUAUUUUUUUGGGCAUACUUUGUUUUCGUCCAGGAGGAGAGAUGUACUAUCCUAGACGAAAAAAAAAAUCAAGAAUAUAAAAGAGCUAAUCAAUAAAAUAAUGCCAGUCU